CGUCCAGGGUCGCUUCAGCGGCGCCGCGCCCUGCGGCUGAGGAGCGCGGCGAGCCCUCCUUGCCCCCGCGCGAAAUGGGCGACGGCUUCUCCUUGCCGCGGGGCUGGGAGCCAUCCUUCCUUCCCCUCAGGCGCAAGAUGGAGAAGAGGUUUAGGGCUGACGGUGUGAAAGCGGUGCUUUUUGCAAACCCCCAGACUCGCUGGAGGAGCCUUGAUCCUGCUGCCUCUCCCCUGGGGCAGGUGGAGGUGGGCCCGGGCCCGCCCCGCAGCCCCUGAGGGGACCUGGGGCCACACAGCUCCCGAGGUAACACAGCACCGAGGCUCAAUCUCGUGAGAUUGACCCAAAAUGAGGGGCCUGAGGCAGCCGAAGGUUUUAAACCUGGCAUUAGUUCGGGGUACAGCUGCUAUGGGCCAUAGUGGAUCUGGAUAUAAGAAGGAAAGCCUUAAAAUGCUGCCAUUUGCAUGUUGGUGUCCUCAAGCGGAGCUCAGCCGCACCUAAAAUUUGAAGUACAUCUAGGUGAAUCUCUCAAAAUUGUCAUUAAAUAAUACUCCGCAGCUUCUGAAAAUGACAAUUACAUCUACAAACAAUGUGCCUGAUUCCUGAUCCUCCAUAAAUGGCCUUUGGAAGAAGAUUCCCAAAGAAAGUGACUUCUCAGAAGCUGUUUGGAAAUAAGGAGCUCAGCAGAGGAGAGAGAGUGCACGUAUGAAGAUGAAAGAGUGGUGCAACAGCAAGAGCUUGCUAUCACAGAGGAACAGGAGUGAGCUGUUCUGCAAGGGAAAGUGAGAAGGUAGGAGCAGUGUCCUCACCAACAAAGAUGACAAUCCUGCAGCAUCUGAACAAGGUUGGCAGAGGAGGUCUGGUGAUCAUAAGACAAGCCAUAAUCAAGGAGUUCUCUGGCUCGUGGUGGGCAUCUAGCAUGCAUAACCCUUUUCUGUGGAGCUGCCAAAGAGGGAACUCACAGGAGCUGAAAUCAAGCCUUAGGAGCAGCAGUGUUUAGUGCAGCCACUGGUAGAACACAGUGUGCUGUGCCACCAAGAGUUUGGUGGUAUCCUAUUCUGUUUUGUUGCCUCCUUGAAAAGAAAGUACUUAAUCUCAAAACAUACAUCUGCACUUCAAAUAUGGGAAGAAGCAUACAUACUUCAGGAUCUCAGGGGAGAACAAAUCUACAAACUCUCUAAAUGAAAACUGAUCAAAAUGCCAAUAUGCGUCUUAAGACUGAUAUCAGAAUGGAGACCUGUAUCUCCAGGUACAGACCCUCUGAAGGCAGUCACAUCAGAUGUUCCUACUUCACCUUAAUGCUUGUUCAGCUGUUUUCCUUGGACAUCUCCAUUUAAAUCUGGCAGAUGUUUCAAGGCUAACAGCAGUACUGUGACAGCAGGACAAGUUUGCUACUUUUUGUCAAAUGACAGAAAAUGGAGAGAAAGAUCAAGACCUUAUACUGGAUGCGUUUUACUUUCAAGGUGAGAGAAUGAGAGCAGAUCAAGAUCAGACCGGGGGAUGGAGUGCAGUAUGAGCUCUCUGGGCUUUUCUGCUGUGUUUACCUAAGGCCACCUCCCUCUUGAGGUUUAAGGUUUGAUUUCUGGGCCUAAAUGCUUUCAGACAGGAAGAUGUAUUCAAUAUUGAACAGGCAUCAGAAAAAGAGUGGGUUCAAGCUGCUUCCCGUGGUGAUCAUAGGGAAUGGACCUUCAGGAAUCUGUCUCUCAUAUUUGCUGUCAGGCUACACCCCUUACUUCAAAAGAGAGUCUCUUCAUCCUCAUCCUAUUCUUCAGAAGAAACUAGAAGAGGCUCCAGAUGUCUCCAUUUUGGACCAGGAUUUGGAGUAUCUGUCUGAAGGUUUGGAGGGACGAUCCCACAGCCCCAUGUCUCUUCUGUUUGAUACUCUUCUGCGUCCAGACACAGACUUUGGUGGAACAGCAGAAUCUGUCCUCACUUGGUGGCACGAGACUGACAGAGCCAUUCCUCACCUGGUCCUUGGCAGAAACCCUCCUGGAGGUGCCUGGCAUUCUAUUGAGGGCUCUAUGGUUACUCUGAGCAGAGGGGAAUGGAUGGGACUCCCGGAUCUCCAGUUCAAAGACUGGCUAAGGCAAAAGAAAAGAGGCCUUAGAAACAACAGAGCCACAGCAGAAGACAUUGCUCAAUACUACCAACACUAUGUGAUGAAGAAAGGGCUGCAGAAGAACUUUAGAUGUGGGACUGUUGUAACCUCUGUGAGGAAAGUGAGUGCAGAGGGCAUCUCCAACCACAUGCAGGAAGAUCUGCAGAAGAGCGACUCCCUCUGGAACUUCACUGAGGAGGGUAUGGAGGUCUUUCAGGUGGAUGGAUUUGUCAAAACUGUCCAAGGUGACAAGGAGCCCUUCUCUAUCUAUGCAGAAAAUGUAGUCUUGGCUACUGGAACAUACGAUAGUCCCACUUGGCUGGGGGUCAAGGGAGAGAACCUUUCCUAUGUCCAUCACCAGCUCUCUGCCCUAGAGGAAGCAGUGAAGAACAACAGUAUUGGUAUCACGUCAGACCCAGUCUUGAUUGUAGGUGCUGGUUUGACAGCUGCUGAUGCAAUUCUCUUUGCUCACCACUGCAAUAUUCCAGUAAUUCAUGUUUUCCGGAGGCGAGUCAGUGAUCCAGGUCUUAUUUUUAACCAGCUACCCAAAAUGAUGUAUCCUGAAUACCACAAAGUCCAUCAGAUGAUGAAAGAACAGUCAGCUGCUUGUGCUGGGCCAUAUGAGUGUUACGUUAGCCUACCUGAACAUCAUGUACUAUCUUUUGGCAAGGACAAGAAAUGCAUCUUUCAAGACAAGAAUGGCUACCAGAAAGCUUACAAAAUUUCCAUGGCUCUUGUUCUAACUGGUUCAAAUCCCAACCUCUCAUUUCUGCCAAAUAAUGGCAUUUAUUUGGCAAUGGACAGUGACCAACCAGUCAAUCCCAAGAGGAAUCCCAUAGAUGUUGACCCAUUCACCUAUGAAUGCACUCAGGAGAAAGGGCUUUAUGCCCUGGGACCUCUAGCUGGAGAUAACUUUGUACGCUUUGUGCAGGGAGGGGCUCUGGCUGCUGCCAGCUCUCUCUCAAAGAAAGCAAACAAAAAUCCCCCCUAACAAAAAAGCCCCCCUGUGCUAACAGUGUCUGAAUGGGUUACUACUGUUUUCUUAGAGAAUCUGAUAUGUACAUCCUCAAAUGUGAAGCCCACUCCUGGUAUUCUCCAAGGUUCUGUGGAGAGUUACUGAGUUAUUCGGGAAGAUUAAGUCACCAACUGGAGUGGGUUUCACUCAUGGCAGUACCUUUAGUCCAUGGGGAUUCAGCUCCUUUCCUGCACAGCUGUGCGUGGAGGCAGCAGGGGCAUUGAAUCUUGUGCCUGGAGAGGCGGGGGGCAAGCUAGUGAUUGCUCUUCUAUGUUGACACCUUCCAGGUUGCUGAAAAUUGAAUUGGGAAACAAUCAAAGUCAAUUAUUUCCAGCCAGCCUGCUGACAGCCCUGAGUCUGUCAGUCUUACAGUGUUUGUGAUGAAACAAAGCAAGCCAAUCUGUUUCUGGUUGCUCCUGUGGCUCAGCUAUAUGUUCUUAUUAGACCAGAAUUCACUGAAAGAAGUGGUAUUCUGCAAAUAAACUGGCACAGAAACAGCGUCAAAACUGUAUUAUCUCACUGACAACACCAGCAACAUGUAAUAUCUAAUAUCUUUUUAUUCAAAAAAUUUCUGUGAUUUUUUUUUUCCCUUUGGGGAAGUGAUGGUACUGACUCACAAAAAUCUGGUUUGCCAUCUUGCAGCUUUUUACUAACUCCUAAAAUGCGAUGGCCAAAUUCCUGGCAGCUGCUGUAGAGACAGCAGGACUGAAGGGGAGCUACUGCUCUGUCCUGAAGUUCUGCUGAGGUCCUGUGUGGGGCUUCUGCUGCACAGAGGAUUUCAGAGAGAAGCAAUAAGUUGUGUACUGUCGUGUGAAUUUCUAAUGUAAUGUCAUCUUCUAAUAAUGUUGUGUAUUAAGGGGAAAUGGCACAGUCACUUUCUGAUGGUUUAUGGUAAAUAGUAUGAUUUUUAUACUGAUUUUUCUAAAAAAAAAAUUUCUAGCAAAGCAUCUUCCUACAGGCUUUCAGUCAGUGUUUUGAAUGAGCUGGGAUGGGUGGAAAUGGUGCCUUAUGUUGCCAACAGCAUUCUCAACAGACCUACAAGGCCUUGUGUACCUCUCCUAGGAGUUACAGCUAAUCUUAUUCAAUGUAAAGACACUCUGCUCCUUGUGUUGUACUGAAACUUGCUGAUGUGACAGGAUGCUGCACAUAUCUCUGGAAAGCUGUGUAUGUGGCUGUUCUUAAAAGAAUCCUCUUCAAAUUGUGCAGGGAGAUGUGUAAGGAGCUUGUCUGCAGUGUUGCUGUAUCACUCCUGAAUGUCGUUACCACUGACUUGUAUGAAAUGUUUUUCAAUAAAGUGAUUUCAGACUUA